AUGCCUCCAUUCCUGCCUGAUUUUUCCAAGUCGCAUGGGAACCCAGACGAGAAUGGCAAGGAUUGGAUGACUCUUCGACCACAUCCAUCAAAUGACGAGGCAACUGGCCAGAGCGAUGACAUCUCUCCCAAAGUGGAUAUGUAUGUUGGCGAGAAAUUCUUCCGAACUGUCGAGCCAAAUUGCUUUGAUCCAGAUGUGCGCAUGGCAGAGAUGGAUGCCACAGGUGUCGAUAUCCAGGUCAUCAGCACCGUACCCAUCUUAUUCUCAUACGACAAACCAGUCGAGCCUGCCGCAGCUUUAGCUCAGUACUUGAAUGAUCACAUCGCGUCUGUCUGUCGUGAUCGACCAAGUCGGUUUGUAGGGUUGGCGACGGUCCCCUUGCAAGACGUGUCCAGUUCUGUAGCCGAACUAAAGCGCGCGAAGAACGUGCUCGGAUUAAAAGGCGUCGAGAUUGGAACUGAGAUCAAUGGGCAUAAGCUGGAUGAUCCUGAUUUUGAACCAUUUUGGUCGGCAUGUGAGGAGUUGGAUUUUCCUAUCUUUGUGCACCCGCUGGGAUAUGAGCUCGAGAGAGAAAACAAGAAUCGGUGGGGAAGUUAUUGGUCUGCGUGGCUAGUUGGAAUGCCGAGCGAGACAGCAUUGGCGAUGCACUCGAUUCUCUCAUCAGGCGUCCUCGUCCGACACCCAAAGUUGCGAUUCUGCUUUGCGCAUGCCGGCGGUGCUUAUCUCCCUCUCCUUGGAAGAAUUCAGCACGGCUAUGACUGUCGGCCUGAUCUGGUAGCGCAUAGCUCGCACGGACUAUCUCCGGAGAACUACUUUCAAUCGCAUCAGCACAAUAUUUGGAUUGACAGUCUGGUGCAUGAUCCAGACUUGCUUGAAUUUAUCUGCAAAAAAAUUGGCUCCGAUCGGGUCAUUAUGGGAAGUGAUUACCCUUUUCCUCUGGGGGAAAUGCCAGUUCCUGGGAAGAUGUUGGUUAGUGAUCAACAGAUGGAUAAGAUGUUCUCGCCUGAAGCGAGGGCGAGAAUGCUUUCAGGGAAUGCGAUUGAAUUUCUCGGGUUGCAGGAUAUAGUCAAGAAGUUUCCACAUCAGCAGUGA